AUGGCUGCAUCUGUGCGAAUCAAGCCCAAGGAUGAUAUUAUGAAUGCGGGGCUCGAUUCCCUUGUAACCGUUGCCAUCGUCUCCCGGUUGUGGCGUUUGUAUCCCAACAACAUGCCAUGUGAGCCUGCCUUCUUCUUUUACUAUCCCACCAUUGAGGCGAUCGCAACAAUCAUGCAUCAAGGGACAGACACCAGUGAACCCAUGAGGCCAGAGCAUGUGGAUCCUUUCCCUCCGAAGUAUCGGCCAUUUGUUCCGCAGAAACCUGAGUUGAUGCCCUUUUCGCAGCUGACUGGCACUGCCGUCCCGUCCGUUUGGCGACCGUUGCACCUGGAAACCAAAGAUGGCAUUCGUCGGCAAAGCGAUGGUAUGCAGUGCAUCCUCAUCCCAGGUGCAGAUGUGAACAUUGGCGGUGGCACCAUGGAAGAUGCGCGAUGUAACGAACAGCCCACACAUCCAGUGAGACUGAGCAGCUUUUUGAUGGACAUCGAGCCAGUGAGUGUGGGAUCCUACGUUCGCUUCCUGAACCUGGCGACGCCACCCCCCACCGAAGUGGAGCUCCUGGACUGGUGCCUCUUGCGGCCGAAUGACAAGCGCAGAUGUCACGUGCCCAUUGUGAGGCGCCAGGACAGGUGGCAAGUGAAAGAUUUGGUGCCAGAAAAUUGGCCCAUGAUCCUGGUGUCCUGGUAUGGUGCCAACGCUUAUUCCCUCUGGGUACAUGGGAAGGAUUGGCGUGACUACAAGAGUUCUGCUGAGAGUUUCCUCCCAACCGAGGCUCAAUGGGAAUAUGCAGCUCGUGGAAAGGAUCCUAAAGACUUUCCAUGGGGACGAGGAGAAGAUACAGAUUUGUUGAAUGUUUGUUGGGAUCUCAAGACUCACCUGGAGAACGCGGAAGCUCCACCACCUCUACAUCAGCUGCCUUUGGAGCCCGUGAAUUUGACCAAGGGCCAAUCCCCGUUUGGGCUCCGUGGAAUGGCGGGGAAUGUGUGGCAGUGGUGCCGUGAUUUUUAUGAUCCUGAUUUCUAUUCCUCCAAAUUGGCCAGUUGCGAAGAUGCUUGGAAUUUCACGGAGGGCGACUUCCGCUCUGAGCGGGGAGGCAGUUGGGAGCAUUGGCCCAAGAAUGUGCUGCGGAUGCUUAUGCCAGCACUGCGAAAGUUGGGUGAUUCGCAUGGGCACAUCAUCGUUGCCCCACAACCGGCCAGAGGCGUGAUCCUCCUGCAGGGUGCUGCCAAGCACCUGGAGGCAGCUAAACCUGGAUUAAGAGCCUUGAUUGAGGAGUACUUCCCAGAUGCUGACGUCCCGAAGGAACUGCUGAAGCCGCACGAGCAACCGGAGCAACCAGAGCCAGAAGCGCCUGAAGCACCGGAGGCAGAAGUUCCCGAGGAGACAGAAGCAGAGCCACCCGCGAAGGCGGAGGUUGACACUCCUCAGGUCCUGGCGGCCAAAGCACUGCGCCGCGCUUACGCCACCCACAGCGCCAGCGCCAUGCGAAUCGCCCUUGGGGCCGCCUACUCGACGGGCGUGGAUCGAGAGACGCUGGAGGAAGGUGAGAGGUGCUUGAAGGAGUUGACCGCUGCUGCAGCCUUGGGCGUUGCUUUGCUCGGGGAGGUGUCCAUCCAAGAGCUACAAACGGUCUUGGUGGCAGCACGGGAGGCGGGCGUAAGCGAGUCGCGGCUGGAGGAAGCUGAGCUAAAGCUGGGCCGUUUGGAAACCAAAAGGGUGCUGACCCAGGCCAUGUCCGCCAGCGAGGCGGAGCUGCGCGAGGCCCUGGCGGGAGCCAAGGCCAUGGGCGUCGAGGCUGCGGUGCUGGCGGAGGCGGAGGCCCGGCUCUGCAGCCUGGCGGCUGACACGGAGCUCCUGAGCGCCAUGGAACUGGUGAAAUCCUUCGAAGCCACCGGGGCCGUGGAUGAGGAGACUGAAGUGGUCUUUGCUGCGGCUGUGCGAGAGGCUGAAGCUGCGAAGGUGUCAGGUGCACUGCUGGCUGAAGCUGAUGCAUGGCUUGGGCGUAUGGCGGCGCAGAGGGAGGCUCAGCUCAGCCAAAAGCGUGCAGCUCCGGCGGAAGAAAGCAAGCCGUCGAAGCGUCCAAAGAAGCAGCACACAGAGGAAAGUACAGAAAAUACACAGUUUUCUGUGGAUGGAGAUUGCUUGAAGGAGUGGGCAUGCUGCUUGCUGGAAUCCAGCUUGCUGAUUUGCUGCAAGCGAAAAGCGAUCCAAGCCGAGGAUUUCGAUGCGGCCCUUGCUUUGAAGCAGCUGGAGCAAGCCCUGGGGGAUCGAUUGCAGAAAGCUAAGACCAAGUGUCAACAGACUGCAGGAGCCACUCAGCCUGUGCGGCUAGAGGAGGUGCGGCGCCAGAAGCAGGAGGCCGUGGCGCGGGAGGACUACGACCGUGCCAUGGAGUUGAAGGAGUUGGAGAAGCAGCUGGAAAAUCAGAGGCAGCUGGAGGAAGUGCACGCCACAGCGGCCGCCUUGCGACUUCUUAGUGAUUCCAGUGCAGAGGAGCUCUCCAACGCAUUGCAGCCAGCCUUGGCACAGCAAGCCAUGGCAGCACCGGAGUUGUGGCAGCAAGUGGCCAAGGAGCUGAAAAAGACGUAUACUGACUGUUCGUCUAUCAGUCCAUCCUCAGCUCUUUCCAAGGAGAUCCUCCGAAAAGAACUGGCUGUAGUGCAGGAGCGAAUCCUUCAUGAGACAAGGAAAGAGCUUGGGGCUAUUUGUGGCUCCCUCACAGGAUGGAAUUUAGCUGGGGAAAACACAGGAAUCAAGGUUUCUUGCCUGCAAAGCCGGCCAAGCGUGCCUAGCCACAAGAAAGCAGAGGAUGAGGAUGGAGCUCACUACAGCAGAUUGGUCGCCACAGAUGAAGAGCCCGAACCCUUUGUGAAAGUCAACGUUCAUGACAUAGUUGCUCCCACGGAUCGGGAGAGUUCCACACCUCACCGACAAGUCUACAUCUAUGUGAACGUCUUCUCAUUGUCUGGGAUCGAUACAGUGGCACAAACCUUUGAUUGCCACUUCUUCCUUCGUGCCAUGUGGAAGGAGCCAGUUGAGUCGCCAGCGGAUGAGGAGUGGCAUCCCAAUCUAGUGUUCAUGAACUCCGCGUCACCGGUUGAAAUGAGCGACAUUGAACUCAGUGCUUGUCCCUGGCGAAAAGGGCCUUUGGGAGAAAAGGUCAUGCAGUGGAGGGCAGAUUGCCGAGGGACAUUCAGGGAAGGCUUUGAGCUGGAGCACUUUCCCUUCGACGUCCAGGCUUUAACAAUUACUGUGAGUUGUAAUCGGCCUUCCUCAGAGGUCACUUUGCUUGAAGAUCGCUACACAGGUGCCAAAUCCAUCCUGCGGAACCAAUUCACGGUGAUGACGGACUUUGAUCUUUCUGGCCCAUUGAUGCAAGGCGGAGUUGAUGAGGAGAGGAAAAGAUAUCCUCUACUUCAUAUUUACUUCAUUGGACAGAGAAGGGCAGCAUAUUACAUGUGGAACAUUGGCCUGCCCAACUUCCUCUUGAGCGUUUUGGUCUUCACUUCCUUCGCCAUCUCCCCUGAAGAUCUGGCGGAUCGCCUAUCGGUCACCUUGACCUUGGUAUUGACCUCGGUGGCCUUCAAAUAUAUGGUGGCUCAAGAGCUGCCAAAGAUCAGUUACCUAACUCUAUUGGAUAAAUACAUUCUGCUGAGCUUCACUUUUCUGGCCUUGGUGGGUGGACAAAACACCUUAGCUGCUGUGGUGAAGGUGGAUUAUGGCACCUUUCCCAUUGUGGAUGUGUCCAGGUAUGUGAUUGAGACCAUUUUUCUGCUGAUCCAUGUGCUUCUUGGCAGCAAAGCAGGAGAUGCCAAUGCGGGGGAUGACAACUGUGACGUGAAGAGUUCAGCGAGCUCGGCUGCCUCAGCCAAGAAGUGUAGCAGCUCUCCCAACACGGUUGCAAAGGACAUCUCCAAAGUCGUAGAUGACCACUUGAUGAAGUCUCGGCAGCAGCCAGUGAAGACGCGCCUACAGUCCUUUGUCAGGAGCCAGAGCUUCGAGAUGUUCUUUGCCAUGGUCGUGAUUCUUAAUGCAGUUGUUGCUGGGUUCCGAGCAGAUGCUGGUCCCAAUGAACGUUCAGUUUUUCUUGACGUGAUAGAGCUGUUGAUUGCCCUUCUGUUUGUGGUGGAGCUGUUCUUCCGCUUUUCAGCUUCAGGAUCGCACUAUUUCAAACACUGCGCAGGUUUCUGGAACAUCCUGGAUGCCUUGCUGAUCAUCUUCAUGCUGGCGGAUGCAGUGUGUGCCGUUGCGGGUGUCUUCAUGUUUGGCAUCGAUGAUGGAGGUCUUAUGAGACUCUACCGGGUCCUCAGAUUGGCACGAGUUGCGCGAAUGGCUCGCCUGUUCCAUUUGGUGCCAGAGUUGCAUUUCACUUUGUCCCUGAUGCUGCAAUCGAUGUCCUCAUUUUUCUGGGCGGCCGUGCUGAUGAUGAUCAUCAUGUAUCUUGUGGCUCUCUACUUCACCAUGGUCUCUGGCCACUUCAUGGGGUCGACGGGUGACAUUGCGCAAAUUCAGGCGUACUGGGGAUCUACUCGAGCUUCGAUGAACUCGCUGUUCCUAGCAGUCUUCGGAGGGGAGGACUGGCACGAUAUGCUCCUGGUCUUUGGACCAAGCAAUGCAUGGUACGUGGUGAACAGUAUGGUGCUGUCACUCUUUGUGGGUUUCGUGCUGGUUGUCAUCCUGAACCUUGUGAAUGGUGUGCUUGUGGAGGGCGCGCAGGUCAUGAUCGCAGAUCAGAAGCGGGACGAGCUUGUACGUAUGGCUGCAGACAUUUUUGUGCAGACGGGGAAGAAAGCUGGUGAUGAGCUUUCGAAGGAGGAGUUUGAUGAUUUGCUGCACUCGGAGGCUAUGACUCGGUAUUUGGAUGCCAUCGAAAUCGAGAUGGGCGACGCAGACCAGCUCUUUGAAUUCCUGGACCGGGAUGAUUCCGGCAGUCUAAGCAUUGUGGAGUUCAUCCAAGGUUGUCUUCGCCUGCGAGGGCCCGCAAAGGCACUGGACUUGGCAGCAAUGCAUCUCUGGUCCAAGGAGCAGAGCGUAGAUUUGCAGGGCAGAUUGGACAGCCUUCAGCGUCAGUUGGAUGAGCUCAGUGACAUGCUGAGGACUCCCAGGAGCAUGUGGCUCCGCACCCCCAGGAGAUCCGCUGCGCCAUGGUGCGCCAAAGGCUAG